AUGAAAAGUGUAUCUUACCUUUCGAUUGGAAGCUUUGCAAGCAUCCUUGGCGCCGUGUUUAUCACCAUGAUUGGUGUUGGGGUGUCAGGUAACCGGCCAACACUACUUGUGGUACCUGAAGAUGGAACUCCGUUUUAUUUGGCAUUUGGAGCCGUUAGCAAUAUCAUCUUUGCAUAUGCGGGACAUUUGGCAUUCUUUAGUUUUAUCUCGGAGAUGAAAGACCCACGCGAUUACCCAAAGGCAUUAUGCGCUCUACAAAUUAGCGAUACCAUUCUUUACCUUACCGCUGCGGUUGUGAUUUACCGUUACACUGGCGAAGAUGUGACUAGCCCUGCCCUUAGCUCUAGCACAAAGCUACUAGAGAAGAUUGCCUAUGGCAUUGCGAUACCCACUAUUGUGAUUGCUGGGGUCAUUAAUGGACAUGUUGCUGCUGUUUGUAUCCUCUCAUCCCCCGACCUGUGGUUGUAG